ACUUCACCUCCAACAACCGCUACACAAUAUCUUCCAGUAUGUGAGGUCGAAUCGAGUUUACUUAAACGCCAAUCAUAAAUUCUCUGCAACAACUGGACUUUUUACACUACCGCUCAAUUCUAACCUGUUAUCGGUGCUGGUCCAUCCAGUGACAAUAUUCUCUCAUCUCGCUCUACACGUUCGCCAGGUAGCACGCCAUGGGAAGAGAUGCGCUUUCUGAGAAAGUCUUCUCUUUCAGUGACGAGCUGCAAAGGAUGGGGUGUCUGGAAGACGAGGUGCCGAAGCCGAACCUUCGCAACGAAAUCCACCCGAUAUUUCGCCUCGAUCGAUGGAUGGGCGGUUAUGGUCAGCCCACAGAGGAGAUAUACCCUCGCAUGAAGCCAGCACUACGACUUGCAUCUUUGUUCCUAACCGAGGAGUGUACGCUGCACUGGUGGACGCAUACCAUGCUAGGGGAGGAAAUGACAGCCUACCACGACGACGGCUCGGGACGUACAUUCAGGUAUAUUGAGGCGAACCCGGAAGAGUUUACCCCCAGAGGACGUUCUCUGGCCAGAACCAAACUCUACGAGAUGGCCGACGUGAUUAUGCUAAUGUUCACUCCAGAGCGGUACAAGGACACAAGGGACGGGAAAGCCUGGGGCAUGUGCAGCAACCACUCGAUUCGAGAAUUCCCAUGGGCUCAGCAUUUCUGUUCACGAGACUUCCCCCACAUUCCCGGCAAAUACAUGCAGGACAAGUCCCGCGUCCCGGAAAUCACCUUCUCGCACAAAUUCUCCGACUUCUACUGCAAUCACUACACCUCCUCAUCCAAAUGUCAAAUCCUCCGCGUCCACUUCAUGUUCGCCAUGACCAUCAUGCACGAACUGGCACACGCCUUUCACAUGUUCAUCGGCAAGGACAACGGACAUAAAGAACCGCUCCACAACCAGUUCGACCGGUACGCUGAGCUGGGCUUUUCCUGGGAAAUCGGUCUCACGGGCCGCAUCUGCAACCCGUUAUUCCACACUCUGAGGGACGUCCAUGCCCUCUUCUCGGUGCGCACAUACACCUGGCUACCGCACGAACUCGAGAAAGUAGCCGAAGUGCAACGCGCAACCCGAUACUUCCGGGAUCCGGAGAGCAGCGUGAGAUUCCGCGCCAUUCCGAUCGAUGCCAGCCUGGACUGGGUACCGACGCACGAGUGGCGUGGAGUGCAGUAUUUCAAUGCGCAGCAGCCCGAGUGUCCGACGAAUUACAUGUGCAUUGUAGUCGGCAUUCCAAUGCAGUGGGUGGCGGCCUGGUUUUUGGAAGAGGAGUGGGAGGAGAAUAGGAGGUUUUGGGCGAAGCAUCAUGAUGACUAUGGGAGUGUGAGGAGGAGGACACUGUUCAUGGGAGAAUGCUGGAGUUUGGUGUAUCAGAAGGACAUUCACGGAAGGCAGUCCAUGUGGGUGGCUUCGAGGUAGGAUGACGUCUGGUGCAGACUUA